UAAUGCACGCAGCGUCGUCGAGUCAGCACUCUCCAUCGUUACGAAAUCCCCCUGACCAGCUACGCCGAACAUGCGAAAGAUCGCUUUUUCCGAACCUAUGGUAGCAAAGCCUGGGAAGAGGUUCAACAACAGGAGAUUGCAGAGGAGAAAGAACGAAAGAAGGACAUGCAACGACAGCGUCGUCGUCAGAAGACGUUGCAGAACGAAUCCCAGAAGCGUGACGAGGCCAUGGAAAAAGCCCAACAGGCCGAUGACGCCGAGGAGCGAAAACGACUCCUCCGCGAGGCGCAGAAGCAUGAAAAGAAACUCCGAACCACUACGCAGCUCCUUCAAGGCGGCGUUCCGAGCAAAGACCUUCGCGAAGUCACCCCGCUCGCCCCCAACAUGGAGGGCGGUGCCAUGAGCUCGUUCCAACUGGACGAGGACAUUGCCACCCCUGUUCGAGAGCCCAGCGCUCGCGGACGGGGACGAGGCGGACGUCAAGGCACGCGUCCGCGGAAGAGCAAAGAGCAGAAGCAGGCCGAAAAGGAUGCUGCCGCCGCCGGCCAAGCUGCCCUGGAUCGUGGUGACGAACUGCCUCCCCUGGCCCCUCGUGAGGAUGCCAACGCGACACCGGCUCCAUCGCCCGCACCGACCAAGAAGGAGCGCUCCAAACCUGGACCCAAAGCGAAACCGGCUGAGGAACCCGCCCCUCCACCCGCAAUCGUCCCAUACACCUCCAAAGCGUACAAUCUGCUGUACGAGAACAUUUGGCGCGAGAUGGCCAAGAAAGACGUCGGCAAGGUCUAUCGGAUCAAGGAUAACUCCAGCAACACCAAGCAGUCCAACCUGCGGAAGACGGCCCAGUUGGCCAGCAAAGAAGCCCGCCGAUGGCAGAUGCGCACCAACAAGAGCACCAAGGACGUGCAGGCUCGCGCGAAACGCAGCAUGCGUGAGAUGGUGGCGUUCUGGCGUCGCAACGAACGCGACGAACGCGAUCAGCGCAAGAUCGCCGAGCGACAGGAGCUCGAGAACGCGAAGAAGGCCGAAGCGGACCGCGAAGCGAAUCGUCAGAAGCGGAAGCUCAACUUCCUGAUCUCGCAAACCGAGCUCUACUCCCAUUUCAUCGGCAAGAAGGUCAAGACGGACGAGGUGGAGAAGAGCACCGGUUCCGACGCGGUGGCGGUGAGCGAUCAGACCGUCACCGGCGCCCCGAAAAUGCACCUAGACGAAAUGGCGAUGGCUGGUGGCUCGAAGGUCACAGAUUUCGAUCAGCUCGAUUUCGAUGCGGAUGAUGAGACGGCGCUUCGCCAAGCUGCGGUCGCCAACGCCCAGAACGCGGUGCAGGAGGCGCAAGAUCGUGCCCGGGCGUUCAACCAAGACGGCGACCAGACGAGCGACAUGGAGGACGGCGAAAUGAAUUUCCAAAAUCCCACCAGCUUGCAGAGCAUCGACAUCCAGCAGCCGAAGAUGCUGACCUGCCAGUUGAAGGAAUAUCAGCUCAAGGGAUUGAACUGGCUCGUUAACCUGUACGAGCAGGGCAUCAACGGCAUCUUGGCCGACGAGAUGGGUCUGGGGAAGACGGUGCAGAGCAUCUCCGUCAUGGCGUAUCUGGCCGAGCAGCACGACAUCUGGGGCCCGUACCUGGUGAUUGCGCCCGCGUCGACUCUCCACAAUUGGCAGCAGGAGAUCGCGCGGUUUGUGCCCACCUUGCGCGUGCUGCCGUACUGGGGCACCGCCAAGGACCGCAAGGUGCUGCGCAAGUUCUGGGAUCGCAAGCACAUCGUCUACAAGAAGGAGAGUCCGUUCCACGUGUUGGUCACGUCGUAUCAGCUGGUGGUGCAGGAUACGCAGUACUUCCAGAAGAUGCGAUGGCAGUAUAUGAUCCUGGACGAAGCGCAGGCGAUCAAGUCGUCGCAGUCCUCCCGAUGGAAGUCCCUGCUAGGAUUCCACUGCCGCAACCGACUUUUGCUCACCGGGACGCCCAUCCAGAACAACAUGCAGGAGCUGUGGGCGCUGCUGCACUUCAUCAUGCCGUCGCUGUUCGACUCGCACGAUGAGUUCUCCGACUGGUUCUCCAAGGACAUCGAGUCCCACGCCCAGAGCAACACGAAGCUCAACGAAGAUCAACUCAAGCGGCUGCACAUGAUCCUCAAGCCGUUCAUGCUGCGCCGCGUCAAGAAACACGUGCAGAAGGAACUCGGCGACAAGGUGGAGCUGGACGUCUUCUGCGAUCUGACCUAUCGCCAGCGGGCCUACUAUACCAAUCUGCGCAACAAGAUCAGCCUCAUGGAUUUGAUCGAGAAGGCUGCCAGUGGCGACGAUCACGAUUCGACCGCCACCCUGAUGAACCUCGUCAUGCAGUUCCGGAAGGUCUGCAACCAUCCUGACCUGUUCGAACGCGCCGACACGUCCAGCCCAUUCGCGCUCAGUGCGUUCGCCGACACCGCGAGCUUCAUGCGCGAGGGCAACAACGUCCAGGUCGCGUACUCGGUGCGCAACCUCAUCACGCUGUCCCUCCCUCGCUUGGUCUAUUCCGGAUCCGGGCGACUGGAUCUCCCUGGCCCCGACAACGAGCGCGCCGGGUGGCGCACGAAGUUCCUCGAGAACACGACGAGCAUCUGGGGCGCCGACAACGUGCUGUAUAGCGCCCGCGGCAAUGGUGCGUUCAGCUUCGCGCCCCUUGCGGACGUCAGCCCUGCGGAAGUGUCGCGAGCUGCGCGACUCGAUAUCGCGGCGCGCGCGAUCCUGCUCCGACAAGAUGAGGGCCUUCGAGCGCGUCUCGGCAGGAUGAACUGUCUGGACAAGGACGCCGGGUCGCCUAUGCACGCGCUGUUGAACGUGUCCGAAUAUAAUGAUUGGAAGGCCACGGCGGAGGUCGGGACCGGACGGCUGGCGGACCUGUUGACGAUUUCCAAGUCGUCAUUCAGGCGGACCGGGCUCUCGUACAUCGAACCGUGUGCACGACCCGCUGUCCACGCUCCUCCGAUCGAUGUCGAUUGCUCGAGCCAGCAUGCUCUGGUGGAACGGCAGCGGGUCCUCUUCAAUGCUCCCCUUCGCGCCGCACUUUACGGCGUCUCCGAGCAAACCGAGGUGGCCCUCUUGGAGAAAAAGGUCCCGGUCGAACGCUUCCCGGUCUUCGGCAUGCUUCCCGAAGCGGUCAACCGCAAGAGCCGGUUCACGCACGUCCAAGUGCCCAGCAUGAGUCGCUUCGUCUCUGACUCGGGCAAGUUGGCCCGACUGGACGCGCUCCUCAAAGAGCUCAAGGAGAACAACCACCGCGUGCUCCUCUACUUCCAGAUGACGCGUAUGAUCGACAUGAUGGAAGAAUAUCUCACCUUCCGCGGCUACAAGUACUGCCGACUCGACGGGUCCACCAAGCUCGAAGACCGCCGCGACACCGUCGCCGACUUCCAAACCCGCCCGGAGAUCUUCGUCUUCCUCCUCUCCACGCGCGCCGGCGGCCUUGGCAUCAAUCUCACCUCCGCUGACACCGUCAUCUUCUACGACAGCGACUGGAACCCGACGAUCGACUCGCAGGCCAUGGACCGCGCGCAUCGCCUCGGCCAGACCAAGCAGGUCACCGUGUACCGGCUCAUCACGCGCAACACGAUCGAGGAGCGCAUCCGCAAGCGCGCGCUGCAGAAGGAGGAGGUGCAGCGCGUCGUCAUCUCCGGGCAGGCGUCGGCCGGGGUGGACUUCAACACGCGGUCGCGCGAGAACCGCGCGAAGGACAUGGCACUGUGGUUGGCAGACGACGAGCAGGCGGAGAUUAUUGAGCGGAAGGAGCGGGAGAGGGCGGAGAUGGCGGAGAAAGAGGGGCCGAUGGGAGGGCGGAAGAAGAAGGCGGGGAAGAAGAGAGGAGAAAUGAGUCUAGAUGAGAUGUAUCAUGAAGGUGUGUAUCCUACUCCUUCCUACCCUUUCACUACCACUUCCCACACGGAACGCAAGAAGAAAGGACAUAUGCUAACAUCCGGAACUAGGCGAAGGUCAUUUCGACGACGCGUCGGCGAAGCCGUCCGGUGCGGCGACCCCCGUAUCCGGGGCGGAGCUCGCGAGCGCGAAGCGGAAGAAGGGGACGAGCAAGAAGGCGAAGACAAUCAAGCAGCGGCUGGCGAUCAUCGAUGGGAGCGCGGAGUAGUGGUGCUGUUUUCGGUUCGUGGAUGGCUUUUCGUGGUGGAUUCUCGAGGGGAUCCUCCGGUAGAGAGGGGCGUGCGGAUGGAGGGGUUGUAGACGGCGUGCCAUGGUGGUGGGAGUAGAUGGAUCGCAUGUUCCCGCCGUCUGCGGAGUGGCUUUCUUUGUGGGUGGGCGCCGUAUGGUGCUGGCGGCCUUCGCUGGAUAGUUAUAGCGUGAGGAUAAAAGUAACUAGAUGCGUGUGUUAAUCGGCAUGGGUCAUGGGUAUCAUUGUACGAUUACGGUAGAUGGUUUCGGAGAAUACA